UAUAACAUUUUUUUGCAGUAGAAAAUGUGUACACUGUGAAAGCAAAAGAGGUAGUUUUCUGAAGAAAAGUCGAACUACCAAAUCGGCACAUCGCGUAAGGAAAAAUGUUUUGAACCAAAACAUUCAUUCAACAUUCCAUUUAUUGGAUGUUUCCCUCUUUCUUUAUUUCUUUUUCAUCGAAUAUGAACAAGUUUCUAAAGUAACGAUCCCAUUGGCUAUAAGUUCGCUCCAAACUCAUUAAGUAUUUACUACUUUGCAAGUCUGUGUUGCAAGGUUUUUCAGUUCUUCGCCAGUAGGACCAACUUUGUUGACAAGACAACAACGACGAACCACUGCUCGGUGGAAAUCCAAUUUUUUCUUUCCCUAAACAAGACAAGGCACUUCCAAUUUUGCCGCCAAGAAACUUUAUAAUGAUGUACUUCAAAAACUUUCAGACUUUUCUACUUAUUGUCAACUUUCUGACUUUGGUUGCUGGCCAGAAAUCACAGAUACAAAGUGAAGAAAACAUCGGUUGCUAUUCCGAGUCAGAGGAGUCACGAGUAUUCCAGUCAAGUGCAGGAGACUACGAUCCAUCCGAUAUUAGUCCUGUUCGAUGUGUUAUUCAAUGUGGGAUCAAGUACAAGUACGCUGCCUUACAAAACGGAAAGCUCUGCUUGUGUGCAAACUCUCUCCCAAAAUCCCCGAAACUAAGCGACACCGAAUGUAAUAUCCCGUGCACAGGCUCUAGCGGUUGGCCUGAAUCAGCAAAGUCUUUUCGCUGCGGGGGUCCGAUGAAAAAUAGCAUCUACACAGCAAGAGAAAGAAUCCUUGGGUUCUCUCUACAUCAUGUGAAAACUCUCCCUAUAUUAGAACCUGUUACUAUUUAUGGAAAUCUCACUAACGGUCGCGAUGUAUCGUACUUGUAUGAUCUGGGUGAUGGGACGCUCAUAUCAAAAUCCUCCAAUCAGCCUCACGUACGCCAUAUCUAUGAACUACCAGGCUCCUAUGUUGUUACGUUCACCGCGUCUAAUGCGAUAUCGGGAUCACUAUCCACCUCGUCUGUCUACAACGUUGACGAUCCGUCAUUUGCUGUGAAGUUAUCGUGUCCAAGAUCGGCUGAGGUUGGGCAGGUGGUGGAGUGUAACGGGACGCUGUCCCGCGGGUCACGGGUCAAUACUACGUUUGUGUUUUCUAAUGUUUUUUCUGAGAAGCUCUCGAUCAGUGCUCAGUAUUACAGUACUGGAGCUGUGGUACCCCAAACAAACGACACGCUUCCAUCGACACCCUUAAGUAUUACUGGCAGCCUAGUGAUCCCUGCUCAUGAAUUCCACCACAGUGGUCGUGUAACACACUGGGACUUUGAGGCGAUCAAAGUUGGAUUUAUUAAUCUUCAGAUAUACCGGCCGAUCUGUACUUCUGGACAGGUGUACUGUGCUUCAAGCAAGUCUUGUAUGUCCUCCUCCUCAUCCUGUAUCUCCCUACACCAGCGUCGAUGCGCAGAUAACGAAAUCUUUUGCAUCUUCCGCAAGAGGUGUCUACCCAACUCGCAAGACAGCAUGAGAAGCUGCGCCUCAAAUUCACCUUACAAUUUUAACACACCACCGGUCGACUACAAGCUUAUUUUCCAGCAUCGAACAGAGAUCAAGGAGCUUGGCCAUCAUAUCGUUGCAUUACUUCCUCCUGAUCAGCCACAGGUCCAAGAAGGAGAUGUGAUUGGUUGGGGAUCAGAUUCGGGACAGCUUGCCUACAAAAAUGUUCCUGCCGAAGAAGGUAGCGCGUUUCAGUACUCCACAUCGGCACUUUCAGUGGGUGACAAUCUCCUACGAUCUACCUCCCCCACCGUUCUUCAGAAGCACUUUAUCGUUGCUGCGCACAUUGCGCACGCAGCGCGCUUUGUUAUAAGUGAUAAGUUUCACACGACAGGCAUUAAGAGUGUAUCGUCGAACAUCACCGAGGUUACACACAUCACUAUAGACUAUCCAAUAGGAAAUGUGUCUUUCUCUUACCGCGAUAUCGUCAAUACCAACGAUACGAUCACAUUUAGCGUGCCCCACCAUCAAGGCUCAAAUUCAACCUACAAGUGGGACUUUGGAAACGGAGCUAAGCUACAGACCCAGACACGCGACAUCAACUACGCGUUCCCUUCUGCAGGAGUAUUCUUGGUCAGACUGACUGCUGAGAAUUCCGUGGGAAGUGUUACUGUAUCUAGGAUAAUAUAUGUCUAUGAUCCUAUUACAGCCUUGAAGUUUUCUAAGUGUCCGAUUCAGGCAAAAGCAAUUGGACAACCAACUGUGAUCGAGUGGGAGGCCUCUAGAAGCACCAAUAUCACCUACAUCGUAGACUUUGGCGAUGCGACAAGUCGAUACGAAGUCGUAACAACAGGUAUUGAUAGUCGUAGAGUGCAAACGGCUCACCAGUACGCUUCUAUAGGGAAUUACACGGUCACCGUCUAUGCGUACAAUCGUGUUGGUCCUAAUGUAUCGAUUACCUGUUACGCCRUGGUUGAGAUUCCUCUUGUCGGACUUGAAUUCAGCAUUCCUGUGGAGCACGUCACUUCCAAUAUCUAUUUGUCUGUGGGAGAUCAUAUGGUCGUUACUCGCUACCUUAAGGAAGGGACACACUUUAAGUGUUCGUUUGACUUCCAGGACGGGACACCUGCUUUGGUGACAGAUCAAGCCAAUGCGACGCACAAGUACACCAGCCCGGGGAAAUACCAGGUCAAAAUAAAAUGCUACAAUGACAUUAGCUCGAUCAGUAAAUCACUAAAUGCUUCAGUUAUCGUAGAGGAGCUGAAAGCCUUGAGGGGAUUGACAGUGGCAGGUGCUGCAACCAAGCUCGGUAGUGUAUCUUCAAUGACAAUACAAAUGAACGAGGGAACAACAUACUUUUGUACGUGGGACUUUGGAGAUGGUUCGGUGACUAGAACGGAUGCAUCCCACACGGGACAACCAGUGACGCACACCUAUAAUGCUAUAAACACCUACAAAGUCACAGUUUCUUGCACUAAUCGUCUUGGAACAAUCCGCACAUCAACUGAUAUAUCAGUAGAUACGACAGUAGACACCGUUAGCAUCACGAGCAGUAAACGGUACAUUCGCGUUUAUGAAGAAAUUCCUUUCAAUGUCAAAGUACUCAAAGGUUCCCGCUUACAUUACAAGGUUGAUUAUGGCGAUGGUAAGAACAGCUCUCUGCAGCGGAAUGGUCAAGGACAAGGUUUGGCAGGGGAGGAGACUUUUACGCACGCUUAUACAACGGACGAUAGUUUUACCGUCAUCGUUACAGUCUCAAACGCCCUCGGCUCUGUCGUGCAAACUUUAAACUACUCCAUCGUCGUUGAAUAUCCAGUCCAAGACAUGAUCCUUCAAUCGAAUUCCCCAGUGAGUCUUGACCCUGGGAUGGCUAUGUUCUACCUUAGUGUUUUACAAAACGUAACUGCGCCUACUAGUGGGCAGUGUGUUUGGAUGUUUAACGACGGCAGUCCUGUGUCUUCGCCUGAACCUCUUAAACUCAAACCUCUAAGUCGUAAUCACAAAUUCACCAAGGAAGGCUCUUACGUCAUAAGGGUGAACAUCAGCAACCAUGUCAGUAGUGUCGUCAUGGAAACGAUUCUACGCGUUCAAAAAAUAAAGGCAGUUACAAUUUUGUCCCAGCGUCUAGUCAAUGGAGUCUUAAAACAAGGUCUUGGGCCGCAGAAUGUAUACUUUCCCGUCAAUGAAACUGUUGUCUUCAGAGUGUUGUCACAAGAAGGAGACAUAAGCUACAGCUGGAAGUUUGGCGAUGGGAGCUCAUUAAACGAGUCAACCGUCCCCACGACAAACCAUACAUUCACAAAUCCCUCGCGUUACAGCGUCAAAGUAGUAGUACACAACGUGCUGGAGGUACUGACAUCAAGCAUAGACAUUUUUAUCCAACAACCCGUUGGUAAUGUUUUAGUCAAGUCGACUUUCCCAGCGUUUUACACCGACCCGACGCAUUUUUAUGUCAGUGUAGCUUCUCGUGGCUCAGAUUCCUGUCUCCUGCUAGCACUAGGUGAUAACCAAGGUGUACGCCUCGGUGGCGAGUCAUGCAGACCUCAGGUAUUCCUUCCAAAUGAGACAUUCAUCAAGAUCCCUGAAGACCAACACAGCUACAAUUAUACACAUACUUACGCCCAGAGGGGGAAUUACACAGUGGUUUUUUCUGCUUGGAACCACGUCUCCAUGUCAAAGUCUACCACUUCAGUCAGUAUCCAAGACUUCCCUUGCCUGCAGCCUGAGGUCAAGAUCGAUAGCUCUGGAACUAGAAGCAACCCCAGAAAAAUCAAGAAGUCUGAAGCGUUAGUUCUUGGUGUUGAUCUCAAGUACAGAUGUCCUGUUGCACGCAGUAUUGUUUUCAUAUGGAAGGCCUACGAGGUAACUUUGGCUAACCCUGAUGACACAAGCAAGCCAAUAAAGCUCCCUUCGGAACAAGUCAAGAUGUUUGAUCUUCCUGCUAAAGUGAACCUUUUAGACGCCGGAGCCAUGAAGAUCAGAGAGAGGUUCUUCCCAUUCAUGACUCUGAAAUUUUCCCUCAAGGUCAGCUUCAUAGGACGGGAUCGAGACAUCUCUCACAUGUCUAGUUCGCACAGCGUCUGGAUUAAUAUAGAACGCUCUGAGCUUACAGUCGUUAUCAAAGGUGGACAGCGUCGGUCUGUAGGUUACGAACUGGACAUGGUCCUCGAUGGCAGCGAAUCUAAAGACCCAGACAACCCGUCCAACAAAACUGGCAUCACGUACUCUUGGUCUUGUCGCAAGAAGGAUGAGGAGUUCCCAUCUGAAUUUGACCCUCCGAACCCGACAGGGGGAUGCUGGGGCAAUGGUGUCUAUACUAUCAAUAGUACAGAGAACAAAGUUCAAGUAUACACAGGCCACUUCCUUCAAAAUGCCAUCUAUAUUUUUAAACUGAUUUGUACCAAGGAUGGCAGGUCGGCUUCGUUUGAGCAGUCCGUCACGAUCUUACCAGGACAACCACCUACAAUGAGUUUAAGGUGCAAUUUCAACUGCCUGAAAAAGAUGAAUCCUCUGGAGCGCUUGGUACUCGAAACACUAUGCGUCGACUGCAAACCAACCGACCAACUAGGAUACGAGUGGUCGCUGUUCCGUCUCGACCUGGGCAAAGACAAAACCAAAAUGGAGUCGUGGGUCAAACAAACUAAUUGGGCCGCAAGCACCACGACGGGGACAGACAAGGGAAACCUUGUUAUCAAACCUCAGGUUUUAACACCAGGGAGAGAGUAUUUCCUGAGGUUGAACGCGUGGAAGCCGGGUGGCUACCCGGGUGGGUUCGUGGAGUACCAGUUUACAGUUAACGUAGGUCCAACUGGAGGAACGUGUGUUGUGAAUCCCUUGGAAGGGUUCGCCUUGGAGACAGACUUCAAGGUUCAGUGUGACAACUGGGACGAUACGGAUACGCCUUUACAGUAUAUGAUAGAAUUAGCCAAUGGCGGGGACAUUGUUCCUGUGUUCACCGGCUUUGAGCCCGUAACGUCAGCGGUAUUCCCACUCGGCAAAGCUGAAACCAACUACACCAUGGAAGUCAGGAUCAAAGUCAUGGAUAAAUUUUUCCUGGCGACUUCCACCAAAUUUAGCAUUCGGGUUACUGAACCAAACAAGGUAGACUACGAUCAAGUUGGUAGUAGUGUAGCAUCAGCAGUAGGUUCAGGAAACCCACAAGAAGCGACCCAAGUAACGAACGCUGUGAGCUCGGUGCUGAACUCUAAAGCAGAGAAGGCUAACGCUAGUGACCAUGCUGCCCAAGAUGAAAGAGCCAACUUCCGUGGUGAGAUCGCAAAAUCGCUGACCAACAUGCCCGCGGAUUCAUUUGACGGUGUUGCGCAGAAAGGAGAAGCCUUGAAUUCUCUGACCCAGGCCACUGACGAAGUCAAGGAAGAUGCGCAGGAAGCGUCAAUCAAAGCCAUGGAUGACAUGGGCAGUUACCUCUCCGGCGCAGAUAGUUCACGAAAUUUGGACACAACGGCCAAGAGUUUGUUUUCUGGGAUUGGAAAUAUGGUCGGUGCGUCGAGUAAGACGGCAAAAAAAGCGCAAAACUCAACUGGUGGAGACCCGGGUAAGAGCACGAACAACACCAAGAAAGCCCUAGAGGUAGUAGGUAAAGUCAGUGGUGCACUGAUGAAGCAGCUGGUAGCAGGAGACAAGCCCAAGGCCAUCAAAACUGGUAACAUGGACCUCGCCAUUGGGCGUAAGAACCUGGAUGAUUUAGGAGCCGAAAAUGAUGACGAUGAUGAGAAUGAAGGUGACACUGGGGGAUUCAGACUACCGGACCCUGCCGCUUUAUUUGGAGGUGCAAACGCGACGACUGAGGAAGGAGCAACCAGUGGCAUCGGUUCAACGAUGACCGCGAUGGGAGAUAAUCCAUUCCCAAACGAGAAAGCAAACGAUUUGAACUCAAAGACCAUUGGCUUGGCUCUGACUGAUGGUAAUGGCAAGCCUCUAGAUCUCGCGGGACAAACCCUCGAGAUGUUCGUCCCGCGGGACCUAGUAAAGAACCCUAUAAAACCGAUGGAACUCAACCACUACGUCGCGGAUGAUCCACCAAUGAGAGUCCACAAGUUCAACCGCACGAGCAACGAUUCGGCCAUCGCUGUAGAAAUCCAAUCAUUUCAUCCAAAAAUCAAGUUCGCGAUUAUGAUCCGAUUUGAAAAACGACCAAGUGCGAUGCAUUUCGACUUCAAUCACACGUUCCCGAGUCUUGAGGAGGCAGCGAAGAUGCGGCGACGACCACACCCCUUCACGUACGUCAUCAAUCACGUGAGGGUGAAAGAGAAGCUGCUUGCCGUGGUCAACGGGAGUGUACUCAACAACGGAACGACGGGAUCGUUUUACUUGGGGAUUAAAGCUAUAAACUUGGAUGAACUGGGAAGCGUUAAUGAUAGUUAUGCUAUGAGGAUUUAUCUACCUGCUUGUAAGUCUUUUGAUGACGAGACAAAUGAAUGGGUUACUAAUGGAUGCGUGGUUGGCAACAAGACUAGAGCGAAUAUCACGCAUUGCGUAUGCAUGCCUGGUGUUGAAGACGAUGAUGACAUGGAUCCAACUGCCUCGCCUAUCUUCGACUCUCCUACCCCCGCUGCCUCGGUGCAAGGCGGUCAAGCAACUCCAGCCACGAGGAAAAGGUUUAUUAGAAAGAAGGUCACGAAGCUUUCACUUGCAAGUAGCUUCUUUCCCGCGCCAAACCCCAUCGACUUUAGCAAAGUUUUCAACGUCAACAUUCUUGAGAACCCGAUCUCGCUGGCUACUGUGCUAACCAUCUUCUUGGUGUAUCUUAUCCUCGCUGUGUACGCUCGAAGAGAGGACAAAAAGGACGUCGAGAGGGCUGGGGUAACUCCGCUCGAAGAUAACGACCCACUAGACCGCUUUCACUACGAGAUCACCGUCUACACUGGCUUCGGCAAAAAAGCUGGUACAACAUCCCAGGUGUUAUUCACGUUGGCAGGCGAUGAAGGAGAAACAGAGCCGAGGAUCCUCAAAGAUUCCAAGCGCAAGACGUUCGCGCGUCGUGGAGUCGAUAUCUUCCUGGCUACGUUUCCCGAAAGCCUCGGAGAACUCAACUACUUGCACAUCUGGCAUGACAACUCCGGUAGAUCUCCGUCCUGGUACUUAAGCCGUGUGGUUAUUGAAGACCUGAACAAUGAUAAAAAAUACCUGUUCAUCAAUGAAUCGUGGCUGGCUGUCGAGAAGGGAGAUGGUACAGUAGAUCGUCUCAUUGCAGUGGCCGGCCAAGACGAGAUCACAAGCUUCAACCAUUUAUUUUAUUCCACAACCCAAACAAAGCUUGCAGAUGGUCACUUAUGGUUCUCUAUCUUCAUGAGGCCAGCGCGAAGCCGUUUUACCCGCCUUCAGCGAUUGUCCUGUUGUUUGACCCUCUUGUAUUGUUCCAUGCUCGCCAAUGCCAUGUUCUAUAACAUCGGUGGUGAGUCGGACCCGUCAUCGACUAUCCAUAUUGGACCACUCUCCUUCAGUCCCGCUCAAAUCGGUAUCGGGAUCAUGAGUAGCCUUGUGGUCGUUCCCGCCAACAUCUUCAUCGUCUCAGUUUUCCGGGGCGUCGAAGCCAAACCGACAGCGUUCGAGAUGAAGGAACGCAAAAACCGCAAGCACUGGUGGUUGUACGAGCUUUUCUUCUGCUUUUUUGAUCGCAAUAAGCCCAAAAACGACUUCAUAAAUAUUCUCCACAAGAACCAUAAUCCAGACGAUCAGUUCUUGGACCUAAGCAGUAAUAGUCGUACAAGUUUGACGGUGCCCCAGGGUCAGAGUAUGGAUAAUCUCAGCAACUCCAGCCGUGUCAACCUCACAGAGCCCGACGACCAGGGAAUGAUGGACUUUGAACUGGGCGAAGACGAUAUCAACUUCAAGAUUUCCAAGCAAGAGGAACGAGAGGAGAUGGCUAAAAAAAUGAAGAAGAAGAAAAAGAAGAAGAACUUUUUUCCUUACUGGUUUUUGUACGUUGGCUGGGCUGUCUGCGGAAUGACCUGCUUUGUUUGUGCUUUCUUCAUCGUCCUGUACGGCCUUCAGUUCGGUAAGGAGAAGUCUGCGCAGUGGUUGUCGUCCAUGUUGGUGUCUUUCUUUCAAGAUGUCCUCAUAAGCCAACCUAUCAAGGUGGUCAUCAUUGCUCUUGUUUUUGCCGCCAUCAUCAAGAAGCCACCCGAAGAAGAAGAUGAUGAUGACAAGAAAAAGUUAGAGGACGAAGAGUUUUUGCACGAGUCGGAUGGCGCCUUUGUAAAACGAGACAAAAGAAUGAAGCCCAAGGCAAUGAUCCGUCUGAAGCCACCAGACAAAGAGAAGCUGAAGAGAGAUCGAGAACAGAGGUUCAAGGAGAUGAAAAUGAACGCAGCUAUCAAAGAAGUGGUGGUGUACGUGUUCUUUGUAGCAUGCCUGUGUAUCGUCAGUUAUUCACAUAGUGAUCCAACCUCGUAUCUCUUUCGUGACUCCAUGUAUAACACGUUCAUCGAAGGCCACUAUGGCGGCAUUCGAGGGUUUUCGUCGAUCAGCACUCGAGAAAACUUCUAUGAGUGGGCGAAAACAACCUUGAUUAAUGGGUUAUUCAAGGCAUCAGAAUAUAAUGGAGGACCAACUGAACCUGGCUUCACUCAAGAUGGACUGGCGUAUGUCGUAGGUGGAGCCCGCUUGAGACAAUUAAGGGUCGAGAAAGGGUCUUGUAAAGUUCCCACCGAGUUCCGAAGACUCAUCAAACCAUGUUCAGCUUGGUACGGGUAUUUUAGUGAAGAUACCGGUCAGUAUGACGUGGCUUGGGAACCACUUAAGAAUGAAUCGCUGUACAGACCGCCUUUCACUUUUGAAUCUUGGGAAUUCAAUGAUUCAAGUCAACUAGACACCAUGCCUAUUAUGGCGUACGUCUCUACAUAUGGUGGCGGAGGAUACGCAGCAGAAUUAGGUGAAACAAAAGAACACGCCUCUAAAGUCAUCAACGCCCUUAAGAACUACACCUGGAUCGACUCUCAGACUCGAGCUGUAAUAACAGAAGUAUCAACGUACAACGCAGUCUCCAACCUGUUUUGUAUCAUGACAAUGGUGGUCGAGUUCCUCCCGACCAAUGGUGUCUUCUUGUUCACGGAUCUGAAGAUCUCUCGUCUGUUUUCAACCGGGGGAGGAAUGGAAACACUUGUUGUUGUUUGUGAGUUUUUCAUCUUGAUUUUCUUUGCGGUUUUCAUUUACCAGGAGUGCAAGCAGCUUUAUCAAUUGAGAAAAGGCUAUUUCAAGGAAUUUUGGAACUGUAUUGAGUUUACUAUGGUCAUUCUGGUUCUCGUCUGCGUCUCCAUGUUUCUCAUGCGUAUCAAGUUGGUCGAAAGUGCUAUCUCAAAGCUAGAGAACAAUCCAGGCAAGUUUGUGAGCUUUGAUCGUGUGGCGUCAUGGAGCGAGGCCUUCAUGAUAAUGGUCGCGUUGCUGGUCUUCACCACAUGGCUCAAAGGAAUGAAACUCCUUCGUUUUAACCCGCGAAUCCAAGUGCUUGCACAGACACUGAAAGGUGCCGCAGGCCCCUUAGCAACGUUCUCCAUUGUGUUCUUUGUGUUCUUCAUGGCGUACGCUCUUUUUGCCUUCGCUGUUUKUGGCAAAGACUUGGGAUCUUACUACAACUUUGUGACGACCUCGGAGUCUGUCAUGGGCCUUCUGCUCGGCGCGUUUGACUAUGGCCAAAUAGAGACCGCUCAACCAAUCAUCGGACCCAUCUUUUUCUUUACUUUUAUGGUGUUUGGUAACUUCAUCAUCAUGAACUUGUUCCUUACCAUCGUCAUGGACGUGUUUGCCGAGGUCAAAGAACAGGUUGGAAGUUCCGACACAGAGUUUGAGGUCGUGGAGUACAUGAUCAAGAGCUUCCGUCGCGUAACUGGCGUGUUACCCAACAAGAUUGACGUCGAUGAUCCAGUCGAAAAGAAAGGAAUCGAAGACAAGUUUAAAGAAGACAUGAAGGGUUUGAAGAAGAAGAAGAGAAACAAACGGCACCCCAAGCCCGCACCGAUGAUAGAAUCCGAAAUCGCGAAACGAUUUACGCGCCUUGAUGACUCGUUAAAAGGUUUUUACUGCCAAGAUUUUGCCGAGGAAAGGAUGCUGGAUGAUAUCAUGGAAAAGAAAUGGGGAGUCAGUGUGCAGCACUCGUAUGCUGAUGCUGAGAUGGAUCUAAAGAUAGAGGAGGAACGUGAAAAUAUCAGGCAUGAUAUGUACGCCGCAUUGGAUAACUUCGAGAUCAGUUAUGAUGAAGGAUCCUUUAAUUUGGGGUUCGAAGAAGAUGAAGCUUUGGUGAAAAAACAAUGAAUAAACACUUUACAAUUGAUGGCGCUAAUGUUUCUCGUUACUCAUUCACGUUCUAAAAAUUUUGCUCACUCGAAAGAAUGAAAACAAUGGUUUCAAUCGAUAUGAGAAUUUCCUUAUUAAGACUUACAUUUAUGCAUGAAAAAACAAAAUAUAUUCAAUGUUUUUGCAUGAUUUCUUAUUGCUACCUUUCAAUUUCUGUAAAACGCCUUGGCCUUGUCAACAUUUGAGGUUAUGAACCAUUCCGAGGUUGAGGAAAAAACUGGGUCGAGUUGGCAUUGCAAAGCAUUGUGGGAUUCUUUUAGCACGAAAUAGACGGCAUCUUGGAAAUGCCUUCUGAACCAGCCCCACAAUGCAUUGCAAUACCAACUCGACCCAGUUUUAAUUUUUUUUCCCUUAACCCCCCGGAAUGGCUAGUAGGCCCAUUUGCACCAAUUCCCAGAAGGAAAACAAUUAAUAAUUAUAUUAUCCCCUCGUCCUCCAUGUAGAGUUGCAUUGGGAAUGUGCUGCAAUGGGUCUGUAAGUAUUUCACAUCAUGUAAAAUAUGCAUGUAAAAAUUAGUGAAAAAGUUGGUUUAAUAUUCUUGGACAAUAAAUACUCCAUUAAGCAGCCUCUACAUUUAGUUUGACAGUUAUCCUAAAAUGUAGGUUUUCAGUAAAAUCAAAUCAAGCGGUAUCUGACUGUAAGUCUUAUUACCAUCAUCCUCUUCUUCAUUAUUAUUAGUGUUAUUAUCAUUAUCAUCAUCAUCAUUUAUGGUUAUUAUCGUCAUAGCCUUGGAGUCCUCCCCUCCAAGGAGCCUGGCUAAGUAAGCAUGCUACUGUCCAUCCAUUGUUAUCAUGUAAAAUUUUUCUACAACUGUGUUACGACUGUUACGAGCAUUUGGAAAACUUAGUACAUUUAUUAUUGAAUGACAACAAGCCGUUAAUAAAAUGCACGAUAAAUAGC